AUGGCGAUCCAGAAGAAGCACGGCAAAGGCCGUCUCGACAAGUGGUACAAGCUUGCCAAGGAAAAGGGAUACCGCGCCCGUGCUGCCUUCAAGUUGAUCCAGCUCAACAAGAAGUAUGGCUUCCUGGAGAAGAGCAAGGUCCUUCUGGAUCUCUGCGCCGCUCCCGGGUCCUGGUGUCAGGUUGCUGCCGAAGUCAUGCCGGUGAAUAGCAUCAUUAUCGGUGUCGAUCUCGCCCCGAUCAAGCCCAUCCCCAAGGUCAUUACCUUCCAGAGCGAUAUCACCACCGAGAAGUGCAGAGCCACGAUUCGGGGCCACCUCAAGACCUGGAAGGCCGACACUGUUCUCCACGAUGGUGCCCCCAACGUCGGAACUGCGUGGGUCCAGGAUUCGUUCAACCAGGCCGAGCUGACCCUUCAGGCCAUGAAGUUGGCAACCGACUUCCUGAUCGAGGGCGGCACCUUCGUCACCAAGGUGUUCCGCUCCAAGGACUACAACUCCCUUCUCUGGGUCUUCAACCAGCUCUUCACCAAGGUCGAGGCCACAAAGCCGCCCAGUUCUCGAAACGUCUCUGCAGAAAUCUUCGUUGUCUGCAAGGGCUUCAAGGCCCCCAAGCGCAUCGACCCCAAGUUCCUCGAUCCGAAGGCCGUCUUCGAAGAGUUGGCCGCCCCGACCCCCAACAACGAGGCCAAGGUCUACAACCCGGAAGUCAAGAAGCGGAAGCGUGACGGUUAUGAGGAGGGUGAUUAUACACAGUUCAAGGAGAUCCCUGCAAGCGAAUUCAUCCAGACGACCGACCCCAUUGCUAUCCUGGGCAGCAUCAACCGCCUGACCUUCACUCAGCCAAAGAAUGGGGACGUUGCGCUUGCAGCACUAGAAAAGCUGCCCGAGACCACAGACGAUAUCAGGACAUGCUGUCAGGAUCUUCGAGUGCUCGGGAGGAAAGAAUUCAAGCUUCUCUUGCGAUGGCGACUUCGUGUCCGCGAGAUCUUCGGUUUCGCUACCAAGAAGACCGCGCAACCCGACCUGAGUGAAGAAGUCGCCCAAGUCGACUCUAUGGACGAGGAGAUGAAGAUUCAGCAGGAGCUGCAGAACCUCAAAGACAAGGAAAGCUCCAAGAAGAAAAGAGAGCGGCGGCGCGAGAAUGAGAAGAAGCAAAAAGAAAUCGUGCGCAUGCAGCUCAACAUGACCACACCCAUGGAUAUUGGCAUGGAGCAAGCAGGGCCACAGGGCGAGGGUGCUAUGUUUGCACUGAAGACCGUGGACAAAGCCGGCGCCAUGUCCAGACUGGCAAAAGGCAAAAUGGCUGUCAUCAACGAGACUGCCGCUAAGAGGGACCACGAUAGCGGUCUUGGAUCGUCUGGAGAGACGGAUGAUGACAGCGACGAGGAUGGAGACCGGCUCGAGCGAGAGCUGGACGACAUGUACGACCACUACAAGGAGCAGAAAGCAGAGAGGGAUGCCAAGUAUCGAGCCAAGCGGGCGAGAGCUGAACAUGAGGACGGCGGAUGGGAAGGCUUCUCGGGCAGUGACAAAGACGAAAGCGACAGCGAUGGUGGUCUGGAGGAGGACAGCGAUUCAGACAUGAGCGAGGACGAGGGGCCAGUAGCCUCAAAAAAGUCAUUGUUGACGGACCUGGACAACGAGCCUGCAGAUGACAACAGUGGCUUGUCCAAGCGAGCUCGAGUCUUUUUCAAUGAUGACAUUUUCAAGGACAUUCCUGGAAUAGGAGACGAGGAUGAAGAAGAAGAAGAGGAGAAUGACGAGGAUUACGAAGAUGUCGGGGACGACGAUGAAGAGAUUGAGGACGAUGAACUUUUUUCUGAUGAAGAAGAGCCCGAGGCACCCUCAAACCAGGUCACCAAGCAGAAGGCCAAGGCCAAGACACAGUCCAUAGCUACUUCUGAUUCAGAAGACAGCGAGGGAGAGGACGAGGACGAGAGUGUGCCGAGACGUGUCAAGGGUAGCGAAGACGAGGAGGAUUGGGAGGAGAAAGACAAACAGCGCCGCGCGAACGAGCCAGUCGACAUCGACAUUAUCACUGCCGAGGCCAUGACUCUGGCCCACGCUCUCGCCACCGGCCAAAAGACCAAACACGACCUGAUCGACGAGGGCUUCAACAAGCACGCCCUGCGCGACCGCGACGGCCUGCCGGACUGGUUCGUCGAGGACGAGGGCAGGCACGACAAGGUGCAGCGGCCGCGGACCAAGGAGGCCGCGGCCGCGAUCCGGGAGAAGACGCGCGCCGUCAACGCCCGGCCCAUCAAGAAGGUGCGCGAGGCCAAGGCGCGCAAGAAGUUCAAGGCGGCGCAGCGCCUCGAGAAGCUCAAGAAGAAGUCGGAGGUGCUGGCCAGCGAGGAGGGCAUGACGGAGAAGGAGAAGGCCGACAGCAUCCAGCGGCUGCUCGCCAAGGCGGCGCGCAAGAAGCCCCGCCAGGCGACCAAGGUCGUCGUCGCCAGGGGGGCCAACCGCGGCAUCAAGUCGCGGCCCAAGGGCGUCAAGGGCCGGUACCGCAUGGUCGACCCGCGCAUGCGCAAGGAUAUGCGCGCUCUCAAGCGGGUGGCGCAGAGGUCCAAGAAGAGGUGA